AAUUUGACAGUUUAAUGUGAAAACCCACAAACUCCAGGUAGUUACCCUCUGCCCCUCUGAGACGCGCGAGUGAAUUGGCAAAAUAAACCAACUAAAUGGUGCUCAUUAGUAAAUAAUCAAAUCAAAAGGAAACAAAAUCAACAUCAGUGAAGUUGCGCUGUUGGCUGGAGAACCUACUUAUGCAACUUUAGAAGCAUGAUAUCAAAUUUGAAACCAAAGAGUAGAUAGGGAUGAGAAUAAAAAACAGAAACAUUUUUUACCACACCUUGAUAAAUUAGCCACACCCAUUUUACCAAGUCCUCACCACAUGGAAGGCAGUCAUAUGAUGACCAUUACAACUGUGCUGUCUACUUCCUGAACUAGAACAAUCCAAGAAUCAAUCUAGAUGUCAUGCUCACUAUAGAAGAUGGAAACAAGAUUCCAACCAGCGACUGCAUUUCACCUUAUCUAAGUCUGUUAACAAAUGGUUGUGCAGUAAUCUGGAGUAACAAUAAUAGUUUUUCUGGUUGUUAACAAACACAGUUCAAAGCAUCAAUUUCUAGCGGAAAAGGAAGUAAUCUUUCCAUGUCAACCCUAGAUUGACCAUGCUCAUUAAAAGAUAAAUUCAAGACCCAUUUUGACAAGUUUUAUUAACAUAAAGUCUCAACCACAACCACUAUAGGUAACCCAAAAGCCAGUGACAAGUUAUUUGUAUGAUCACUAGCUAGGAUGUGCAGUAAAUCCAUUUUGAUGAGUGAUAUUAGCACUUUUACAUGUUUGAACACUAGGAUGUGGAAAAUAAUUAUUUGUAUGAUCAAAACAAUUACACAGGCGAAAACAAAUUUCUAUGGGUGAUCAUUGAUCAUGUUAUAACACUGCAUAUUUCCAUUCAUUCAUACAUGUCAACCAAAAUGCACUUUUUGCUAUUGAUCUGAGGUAGGUUCCUGGCAAAACAAAGUAGCUCCUUAUCCAGGAUUAUGCAAACCCAUUAUAUGGUACUAAUUGAAGACUCAAAUCAAAUAGGCAUAUAUCCGUAUAUCAACAACUAAAUUUUUUGUAUGUGAACAACUAAAAAUGCUGAAAUAUUGUAGCAAUUUUACUACAAAACAAAGGAAAAAAUAGGUCGAACUAAAGGGAAAAAUUCACUACUUCAGUUAAAUACCUUGUCAACUUUGUUUCCAACAAGCAUCUUCAGGCAUCAUUCCUGGUUUGUUCAGUGCAGAUUAAUUUCUUUGCCCAUUUAUAGAUAGAUUUGAAAAUAUUUCCCGUUGCAUAACAUUAUAUACUGUCUAACUAGCACAAUUAAAAUACUGAAUCAGCA